AUGUUGUCAUCAAGAUCCCUCAUACCCGUGCUCGUCGCCGGCAUGCUGCUCACCGGCAUUGGCAAUUCUCUGCUAAACAAGUACCAAGACAUGCAGUGUGUUGCCAACUGCGACUCGCCCGACCCGAAACAGCGUCGAGAAUUCUCCCAGCCAGUGUGGCAGACGCUGCAGAUGUUCCUGGGUGAAUGUCUGUGUUUGUUGCCCGUGCUCUUCCGUUCGUUGUACAAUCGCUUCUCGGUCAACGACGCGCGCGAUGCUGCGCUCAAGAAGCCGCUGUUGCAAGCACCGCCCGAUUCAGGCAUCGUCUUUGACGGAGACUCAUCGCCUCGCACACGCGGUGGAGAUGCUAUCUCGUCCUACGAAGCUACGCGUGGUCGCGUUCACACGGGCGCAACACACGCUCCCACCAACCCAUCCACUCCUGUGCCGCCAUUCGAGUUCGCCUCGCGUGCCAUCCAGCCAGGCGAGCUCGACGAAUCCGAAUUCACCGACCUCAACGAUAGCAGCUACAUCAACGCCGUCAACGCCGACGAGAUUGGCGCGUUCAAGGGCGAGACCAUGUCCGGUAAAGCGAUCGGCUUGUUCUUCAUGCCUGCUCUCUGCGAUAUCUGCGGAACGACGCUGAUGAACGUCGGACUACUCUUCACGCCCGUCAGCAUCUAUCAGAUGACGCGAGGUGCGUUGGUGCUCUGGGUCGGCGUGUUUUCGGUCGCCUUCCUGAGACGGCACUUGCACCUGUUUCAAUGGCUCAGCCUGGUCACUGUCAUGCUCGGCGUUUCGGUCGUCGGCUUAUCUGGAACGGUGUUCAAGUCUCCCGAAGCAUCCGGCUCUCUGGACGGCGAUGUGGACGAUGAACUGACCGAGUCGGCACAAGCAUUGCUCGGUGUGCUCUUGAUCCUGUUCGCACAGCUGUUCACCGCAUCGCAGUUCGUGUUGGAAGAGAAGAUCAUGUCUCGCUACUCGGUCGAGCCUCUACUCGCCGUCGGAUACGAAGGCAUGUUUGGCACCGCGACCACGCUUAUCGCCAUGCCUUUGCUGCACUACUUUGUUGGCUCCACGCCCGAGGGACGCGGCGGAUACUUUGACAUGUCUGCCGGCUUUUACCAGAUCAUCAACGUGCCAGCGGUUCUGGUCUCUUCGAUCGCGAUCUGCUUCACGAUCGCGUUUUUCAACUUUUUCGGCCUCAGCGUCACCCGCAGUGUCUCGGCCACAGCUAGGAGCACGAUUGAUACGUGCAGAACAUUGGGGAUCUGGGUGGUGAGCUUGACGCUCGGCUGGGAGACAUUCAGGCUCAAGUCCGGUAGUCUGCAGGUGCUCGGGUUCGUCCUGUUGGUGUACGGCACAUUUUUGUUCAACGGCAUCGUUAGACCUCCUCGCUGGUGCGAUCCGUUUCGCCGCUCGAACGGAUACACUAGCGUCAGGCCAGAUGAAGACGACGAGACCGAGAUCGAGACCGAGGACGAAACAGCUUGA